AUGGCCGAAGGCAAGCCAUGCGAUUGCGAGAUCGUUCCUACAAGCGACUCUCGCGUCUUCCGUUUCCGGCUAAGGCUCUCGUCGCCCGAGGCUCCGCUUGCUACCACGCAUGUACACGCGAGCACUGUCGUUGCUGGAUGCAAUUGCAUAGCAGCUUACACGCAUCUACGCCCGAGUUCAAAAAUUCAGGUCGUUCUCAGUCUCAGAGUCCGGCCUCCCAUUCUGGAUGGCGCUGCCAAGAUCUCUACGCAUAUGGUUUUUCUAGACAAGACCGGCUCACCUGCUCGUUCGAUGAGGAUGACCAUGUUUUCUGCCCCUGGCUUCCUGAUAGCAAACAGAGACGAUGUUAUUGCGAACUGUGUGGUGGACAACUACUUCGUGGUGAUGUGCUUCGUGGACAUUGACUGGACAACUGCAUCGUCGGAGGAGGAGCUCCCGGAUUUAGGUCAUGAUCUGGCCAUUAUGUGGGAUAAACAAGAACACACUGAUGUUUCCUUCAACAUCGGCGGGGAGUGCUUUUAUGCGCAUCGCCUGGUGCUUGCGGCCCGAUCGCCGGUUUUUAAAGCAGAGCUCUAUGGCCCGAUGGCUGAAAGCAAGAUGGCAUCUAUAACCAUUCAAGAUAUGGAGGCCUCAACCUUCAGAUCUAUGCUCCAUUACAUGUACCAUGGUUCAUUGCCUAAUAAUGAUGGCAAGACUGAUUCUUUUACUCUGGACCAGCAUCUGCUUGUAGCUGCUGAUAGGUACGGGUUGGUGAUGCUUAAAAAGAUUUGUGAGGACAAACUAUGUGCCAAUGGUAUCAAGCUAGGCAGUGUAGUUUCAUUGUUGGAGCUGGCGGAGGACCAUUCCUGCUCCAAACUCAAAGCUAGGUGCUUCGAUUUCCUCGCGGGUGGCGAUAAUUUCAAGGUGGUUGCGACAUCUGGUGAGUACCUCCAUUUGAUGCAAACCUAUCCGAAUCUCCUGGUCGAAGCACGCGAUAGGUUCAAGAUACCACAUGAAAAGCCGACCAUCAUGGAAUCUGGUUCUCACAAGAAAGCCAGAUUGUGUUAG